UGAUACCGCAUAUACGAGUCUUAUGUUCGUUCAAAUCGAUAAUACGUUACUGUUACACGAAUGUUUGCACUUAAAAAUUGUAUUCUUUGAUCUUUCGCGUUUCCAACGAAUUUAAAUUUCUUGUUAUACGGAAUUGCAAUGCAGAGUGUCAUUAAUUCCGUAAAGGGCACUGCACUUGGUGUUGCUGAAUACUUAACCCCUGUUUUGAAGGAAAGUAAAUUUCGAGAAACUGGAGUAUUGACUCCAGAAGAGUUUGUAGCAGCAGGUGAUCAUUUGGUACAUCAUUGCCCAACAUGGCAAUGGGCUACUGGUGAUGAAGCCAGGAUAAAAUCAUAUCUUCCUAAAAAUAAACAAUUUUUGGUGAUUCGUAAUGUUCCUUGUAGUCGCAGAUGCAAACAGAUUGAAUACAGCAAAGAUCAAGAAUGCAUUAUAGAAGCAGAUGAUCCAGAAGGUGGUUGGGUAGAUACCCACCAUUAUGACACCAGUCUUAGUGGAAUUGAAGAAAGAGUAACAGAAAUGACAUUGGAUGAAACACAGCUUUCUCAAUCAAUUGGUACAGAGGAAAAUAAUGAAGAUGAUGAUGAUGAUGAUGAAGAUGCUGCAGAUAUGGAAGCUUUUGAAGUUAGUGGCAUGCUGGAUGAACAAGAUAAGUAUACAGCAGAAACUACAAAGAAACCAGUUAAGGAAAAGUGUGAGACAUUUUCUGAAGGAGAAAUCAUUCAUACACGUACAUAUGAUUUAUACAUAACAUAUGAUAAAUAUUAUCAGACACCUAGAUUAUGGCUUUCAGGCUAUGAUGAGAACCGCAAACCUUUAACAGUAGUAGAAAUGUAUGAAGAUGUUAGUCAAGAUCAUGCCAAAAAGACUGUUACAAUGGAAAUUCACCCUCAUAUACCUGGACCUCCUAUGGCCUCAGUUCAUCCAUGCAGGCAUGCAGAGGUAAUGAAAAAAAUUAUUGAAACAGUAAUGGAAGGUGGUCGUGAACUUGGAGUACACAUGUAUUUGAUAAUAUUUCUUAAAUUUGUGCAAUCUGUAAUUCCCACAAUUGAAUAUGAUUAUACACAAAAUUUUAUGCUAACUGCCUCUGGCUAGAAGUUUUAUAAAUUUUCAUUAUACUUUAAGAAUAAUCGUAAUUUUAGUUUUUAAAUUUAAAAUAAAAAUAAAACUUAAGAACUGUGAAGCAUAUAACAAUAAAUGCGUAUAAAUUCAGAUAA